GAGACACUUCACUUGAUCUAAGGCGAUAGGAUGAGGUCUUCUUUCCUUCCCUCUUAUCGGCAAAUUCACCAUGUUCCUAUAACCUUAUAUUUAUAGGAGGGUCAAUGUUUAUUUGGUACCGAAUCUCUAGUCUUAAACGCAGCAUCGCUUUCUUCUAUAAUAAAAAGAAAUCCUUAUGGCUACGCCGUCUCGCUUGGAAGAGGGUUAUGAAAUGAGGAGCAUUCGCCAGGAGACUAGAAGUGGACAACAGUUUCCUAGUACCACGAACCCGCCGGAAAUAACCCCCGGUGACAAUGGUGCCGGUCAAGAUACCAUCCCGGCCAACUUCCGCAGUGAUUUCGAACUUAAAAAUGAAGCUCCUAAAGGUUGGCCUUCUAUUGCCGCUGCACAGCUACACUAUCCCAAUUACAAUAUCUAUCGCCGCUUUUCCUACCUUCUACAUCGAGCCCUCAUAGACCAAGAAACGAAGCUUGCAUACCUCGAGAAUAAACUCCGAGAACUCGAUAAAGAAGACGAGCGUUGCAACUCCCCGAGAUUGACUUCGCUGCCAUUUGAUCCUGAGACACUGCUUUCCAGCUACACUCGAUCUCAGCGUGCUUCCAUCCGACCAAUCCCGACGACGUCAAGGGUAGAUGAUGCGCAGCAGACAACGGGAUACAGGUAUAACGAAUGGAAGGAUAAAGACCGCAUCCUUGAAGCCUUUAUUCCUAGGCUGAAGAAUUACUACGAACUACUUCAAUUCGACAAGGAAAUGCAGAAGCUACCAACUAUCUCUCACAGAGAACAUACGGCAUUUUAUGAACAUGUGAAGGAUUAUCAUACGCUUGACGAGGCCGCGUAUAAGUUCUUAUUUUCGAAUGAGGACUUCACAACCACAACCACUGACCGAGUGCAUCAGUAUUUCGAAGCGUUGAUAUACGGGAAGCCUCCAGUCAGAUGGUUUUUCAGGAAGAUCUUCGGACGGACGCACCGAAACAAUAACCGAGACACCCCCCCUGAGGUCGAAAUCAGCCACUCCGCUUUAAAGAUGUUCGUUAAGGUCUCGGUAGUAUUCGGAAGCGGAGUAUUGCUGCUCUCCCCAGUUGCUAUACUCUUUCUCGUGAACCUGCCCAGGGGCCUGUCGUUCGCGGUGGUGGUUGUUUUCAUUUUUGCCUUCGUGGUCGUCUUGGCCUCCUUCAACUCUAACUGGGACACUAUCCUCGUCGGCCUAAGCGCAUAUAUGGCAGUGCUUGCUACGUUUUUAUCUAAUCUUGAGCAAGGGAAGACUCAAAUAUCUUGAAAUGUUCUAAAGGGGGGUAUCCUUGAUGAAAACCUCGUUGAGAGAUAG